CCAACAGAGCUCAGAGGCUCCCAGUGCCCAUCGAACAGACCUGAACCACAUAUUUAUGCUGCUUGAGGAGAACAUCAUCACCUUUGUGAAGGACGAGAUGAAAAGGUUCCAGAGGGCUCUGAAUCCGGACUUCCCACAGUCCUUAGAGAGGCAGAGAGAUGAUGAGGAAGCGUUGGAGAGCGCUGAGGAGAAAGAGCAGAGGAGGGGCAGCAGAGAGGCUUUUCUGCAGAUCACGCUGCACUUUCUAAGACGAAUGAAGCAGGUGGAGCUGGCUGACUUUCUGCAGAGCAAAACUCCUGAUGCAGUGUGUCAACGUGAACUCAAAUCUAAUCUGAAGCAGAAGUUUCAGUGUUUCUUCGAGGGCAUCGCUAAAGCAGGCAACCCAACUCCUCUGAAUGAGAUCUACACGGAGCUGUACAUCACAGAGGGAGGCGCUGGAGAGGUCAAUGAUGAACACGAGGUCAGACAGAUUGAAACAGCCUCCAGAAAACCAGUGCGACCAGAGACACCGAUCAAAUGUGAAGACAUCUUUAAACCUCUACCUGGGAGAGAUAAACCAAUCAGAACGGUGAUGACAAAGGGAGUGGCUGGCAUUGGAAAAACCGUCUUAACACAGAAGUUCACCCUGGACUGGGCCGAGGACAAAGCCAACCGGGACAUACAGUUCACAUUUCCAUUCACUUUCCGGGAGCUGAAUUUGUUGAGAGGGAAAAAGUACAGCUUGGUGGAAUUUCUUCAUCACUUCUUCAUUGAGAUGAAAGACGCGGGGAUCAAAAGGUUUGACAAGUUCCAGGUUGUGUUCAUCUUUGACGGUCUGGAUGAGUGUCGACUUCCUCUAGAGUUCGAGAACAACGAGAUCCUGACCGACGUCACAGAGCCGACCUCGGUGGACGUGCUGCUGACAAACCUGAUCAGGGGGAAGCUGCUUCCCAACGCUCGCCUCUGGAUAACCACACGACCCGCGGCGGCCAAUCUGAUCCCUCCCGAGUGCGUCGACAUGGUGACAGAGGUGAGAGGCUUCACUGACCCGCAGAAGGAAGAGUACGUGAGGAAAAAAUUCAAAAAUGAGGCGCAGGCCGGCAGAAUCAUCUCCCACAUCAAGACGACACGAAGCCUCCACAUCAUGUGCCACAUCCCGGUCUUCUGCUGGAUCACUGCUACAGUUCUGGAGGACGUGUUGAAAACCAGCGAGCGAGGAGACCUGCCCAAGACCCUGACUGAGAUGUACAUCCACUUCCUGGUGGUCCACGCCAAACUGCAGAACACCAGGUAUCGUGGGAGAGUUGUGAGCGAUCCACUCUGGACUGAAGAGAUCAGGGAGAUGAUCCUGUCUCUGGGAAAACUGGCUUUUGAGCAGCUGGAGAAAGGCAACCUGAUCUUCUAUGAAGCAGACCUGGCCGAGUGUGGCAUUGAUAUUGAAGCAGCCUCAGUCUACUCAGGAGUGUUCACGCAGAUCUUUAGAGAGGAGCGUGGCCUUUACCAGGAGAAGGUUUACUGCUUUGUCCAUCUGAGCAUUCAGGAGUUUCUGGCUGCGGUUUAUGUCUUCAUCUCAUUCAUCAACACUGGUGUCAAUCUGCUAUCAGAGCAACAAUCAACGUCCUGGUGGUUUACUAAACUAUUAAGAAGCACAUCUAAACUAAAUCACCUCUACCAGAGCGCUGUGGACAAGGCCUUGCAGAGUCCAAAUGGACACCUGGACUUGUUCCUGCGCUUCCUCCUCGGUCUUUCACUGCAGACCAACCAGAGUCUCCUCCGAGGCCUGCUGACGCAAACAGGAGGUAGCUCGCAGACCGAUCAGGAAACCGUCCUGUACAUCAAGGAGAAAAUCAGGGGGAGCCGCUCUCCAGAGAGAAGCAUCAAUCUGUUCCACUGUCUGAAUGAGCUGAAUGACAACUCUCUAGUGGAGGAGAUCCAGCAGUACCUGAGAUCAGGCAGUUUCUCCACAGACAGCCUCUCCCCUGCUCAGUGGUCGGCUCUGGUCUUCAUCCUACUGACAUCAGAAAAAGAUCUGGACGUGUUUGACCUGAAGAAAUACUCUGCUUCUGAGGAGGCUCUUCUGAGGCUGCUGCCAGUGGUCAAAGCCUCCAAUAAAUCUUUGCUGAGUGGCUGUAAUCUGUCAGAGAGAAGCUGUGCGGCUCUGGCCUCAGUCCUCAGCUCCCAGUCGUCCAGCCUGAGAGAGCUGGACCUGAGUAACAACGACCUGCAGGACUCAGGAGUGAAGCUGCUCUCUGCUGGACUUGGGAGUCCACACUGCAGACUGGAAGCUCUCAGUCUGUCGGGCUGUCUGCUCACAGAGGAAGGCUGUGCUUCUCUGGCCUCAGCUCUGAACUCCAAUCCCUCCCAUCUGAGAGAGCUGGACCUGAACUACAAUCACCCAGGAGACUCAGGAGUGAAGCUGCUCUCUGCUGGACAGGAGGACCCACUCUGGAGACUGGACACUCUCAGGGUGGACCAUCAUGGAGUGAAGUGGUUGAAACCAGGUCUGCGGAAGUAUGCCUGUGAACUUGAACUGGACAUAAAUACAGCACACAAAACCCUCUUCCUGUCUGAAAACAACAGGAAGGUGACAGUGGUGAAAGAGGAGCAGCCCUAUCCCGAUCACCCGGAGAGAUUUGACUACUGGAAACAAGUGGUGUGCACAAAGGGUCUGACUGGGCGCUGUUACUGGGAAGUUGAGAGGAUAGGAUGGGUUCUGAUCAGCCUGACGUACAAGGGAAUCAGAAGGAGAGGAGACGGCGAUGACUGCUGUCUUGGAGGGAAUGACAAGUCUUGGAGUCUGUACUGCGCUGAUGACACUUACACCGCCAAGCACAAUAACAUCAGAACAAUCAUACGUAUCCCGCCGUCUGACAGGGUAGCGGUGUACCUGGACUGGCUGUCAGGCACGCUGUCUUUCUACAAAGUCACCGCCGACACCCUGCUGCACCUCCACACCUUCCACUGCACGUUCACUGAACCUCUUUACCCUGCUUUUGGGUUCGAGUUCAGGUUUGGCUUCUACGGUGCCUCGGUGGCUCUGAGUCAGAUAGAGGACUGAGAAUAACGGAGGUUUGCACUUGUUUUUUUUGCC